GCCGUGCGCCCUCAAUCUCGGAGGUCAUGAAGCAACGUAGAUCUUAAUAUUAAAUCAUUCUGCCACUACUGACAAAUAGGCGCUGCCGACUACACAAAGUCAGCUAUUUUCUUCCUUCAUUAACUUGUCCAUAUAGACGCCUCUUUUUCGUUUAUCAAUUCGCGACAGUGCGCGAAGCGUGCUUGUCAGAGAACACCUAUUCGUUCUGCUUGUCGUGCGUGUUGCCGUAAAACUGCUGUCUCCGUGAUACCUGUCCAUUCCCCAAGUCUGCGUAACAAGUUAUAACGCAUCAAAGUAUCAAAUAAGUAUUCGGUGUCGUUGGAUUAUGAAAACCCGUGACAGUGCGUCUGGCGACAUGGAAGAGUGCCACCGAAUGAGCGCUUUGGAAGACUGCGAAGUGCUGUUGAACGACUUGGCGGAUACGUCUGACCUUCCCACGUCGCUCAUAAUAACCAACGUCGACGUUAGCGUCUUCACAGACCCGGAACAAAAGGCCAAGUUUGAGGAGAUGUUUGAGCUCAUCGAGCCUGGUGCCACUUUCGGAUACUUCCGCAGCUUCCGCCGUGCGAGGGUCACCUUCGAAAGCCCGGACUCUGCGGCCCGAGCGCGCAUCCACUGCCACCAGAUGCAGUUUGGCGAAAGCGUUCUCAACUGCUACUUUGCUCAGGCCUCGUCACCGGAGGAGGGCAAGGAUGGCCACUUGCAGCCCCCGUCUCCGCAGCGACAGUUCCUCAUUUCGCCGCCUGCAUCGCCACCUGUCGGCUGGGAACCCGUUGAAGAACGCGAACCAUGCAUCAACUACGACAUCAUUACAGCCCUGACCAACCUCGCACCAGGUGAGCCACACGAGCUACACCCAGCCUCGGAGACGCAGCCGGGCAUUGUGGUGCACGUGUGCGAGGAGGUGUCCGCAUUGGAGCCCAAGCGUGAGAAGCCGACCUUCAUACACACGCCUUGUCCCGGCAGAUCGUGCAACGAAGAAUCGUCGUAGGGCUGUAAACUGAGUGGCUCCUUACAACCAUGGCUGGAGCAAGCCAUUUCUUGAGAUUUUGGCGGUCGGCAUGCCUAGUUGAGGCUGUGACAUGUGCAAUACCUAGGUGCUUGCCGUUGUGGAGCUGUACUCGUGACCGGGCUACACGUGCCGAGGCACCCGCGCCUGUGUUCACUACUCGUGCCGACCAGCAGCUCUCAAGAGGUCGUCUCUUGGCUGUUUUUAAAUCUGUGAAAAUAUUUCGCUACGAUCUAAGAACGCGUCGUUCGUAAGGCCUCCUUUCAUAUCCAGAUAAGCUGUGUGCAUCAAAAAGCAGUUCUAUAAUCUCCUCAUGUGACUCCUUCUGAACUAUGCUCUAAAUUUUGUUAAAGCCCCUGAAUUUUGUUGAAUAAUAACUCAAAAGCUUUUGCUGUAAGUAUUACUUGCAGAUAUUUUUGGAUUGGUGUGCAACUGUACAGCAAAGUGGUUCAAUGAACAUCCUUUUGUGAGGUCUUGCAACAACUGGCACUUGAUUUUUGGCAUGAUGAUGCCACAGACAACGAAAAGUGCCAAUGUAGUGUGUUGCAAAUACUGUGCAUUGAUAUCAAAUGCAUGAUGUAGGAUAAUCAACAUGCAUUGCAACCUGGCACACUAUCGUUUACACCUCUAUCUAUUCAGUGAAGGAAAAAGAAGAAGAAGCUUUUCAAAUUAAGGAAAUGUUAGAAAAUGGUUGCUGUGUUCGUGUGCCAGUGAAUGCAAUCUUAAACAUGUAAUCUCAGUAUUUUUUAAAUAUAAAAGGUCUUUUUCAUGUUUAUAAAAUACCUUCAGGAAUAACAACUGAUCUGAAAAGUGAUUAUGUUCACGAGAUAUCUUUGGAUCCAUUGGUGAUGUGGAAUUCGCUCCUUUCUCAAAACUGGAGCAUUGUUAGUUGGGCUGUAGAAUGCAUUCUCGACUAUGAAAAGUGUUAAAGCAAACAAGUUUCGUGAACAUUAGUAGUGGCAGCCUACACAGUGUUGUUAUUGUAACACCACAAUGCACGAUUCCUGCCACUCUCAUCAUAUACUCAGAUGCAUAUACCCUGCAGAACCACGGCUCGUGGCGAACAAACCUUCGGGUGGGCACGUGACUUGAUAGCACAGUCCUCAGAUCUUCACGGCAUGGACCGCAGGAAAAUCGCAGCGUUAGCAUAUGCUUGUUUGUGUGUUGAGGCAUGAUGCUGAAAAGUAGUAGUUGAGAGGAGAUGGGAGCCAAAAAAUGCAAGGUUUUCCCAAAACUGCAUGUUUUUUGUUUUUAUUUGAUUUCACAAGUUUAGUUUCUCUACUUUCGCCCCGCCGUGGUGGUCUAGUGGCUAAGGUACUCGGCUGCUGACCCGCAGGCCGCAGGAUCGAAUCCCUGCUGCGGCGGCUGCAUUUACGAUGGAGGCGGAAAUCUUGUAGGCCCGUAUGCUCAGAUUUGGGUCCACGUUAAAGAACCCCAGGUGGUCGAAAUUUCCGGAGCGCUCCACUACGGCGUCUCUCAUAAUCAUAUGGGUGUUUCGGGAUGCCAAACCCCACAUAUCAAUCAAUUUAGUUUCUCUACUUUCAGGACAGAAGGAUUCAAGAUUGUAAUCAAACUCGAAGUCAGCUAAGAUGACAUUAAAAGAGCACAAAGUGGCCAAUAAAUAUUAGAAAAAAUGUUCGCUGUCUAAGACUUUUGGAAAUUGUCACCUGGCUGCUUGCUAUCGCAUUUUGCAUGAGCAGUUCACCAAAGCUGCAUAUUCAAACUAACUAUGAUUCCCAAACUCUCAUGAUGGAAUAAAUCAUUUAAAAAACAUAUAUUUGCAACAUAGGUGAGCUCUCACUUAUACCUUUAAAAUGCAUUUUUUUCAAGAUUCAUUUUCGGACAACUUCUUAAGUUUGGACACCAUGUUUUUGUUACUUCUGAUUGUCAGAUCAGGAUGAAAUUUUGCCCCCAUAUUUCUUAACGUACGAAGAGUGCAAGUGUUUUCUUUUAAACUUGAGAAUGCCUACAUGAAUAUAACGGGCCUAAAGUAAACAAUUAGUGUGGGCUGAGUCACAUUAAAGUCGUGUCGCAUUAAAAUUUUUUUGUCCAUUAAAGCAUCUUUUAUAAUAUUUCUUGUUAGUUAUUUGCAUUCUACAGUUAAUGCAGAUCAAUGUGAGCUGUUAAUCCCUCAAAACCAUGAAAGUUUAGUGGCGAAAACAGUUUGUCCAAUAACCUGUAUUUCACCCAUUGCAUUGUGCAAGUUGAAAACUGGGCAGCUUAUAAAACACAUUACAUAUUUGAAAUCUGCACAAAAGUCAAAAUAUAUAGUAAUAAUUUCAUUGAUCUAGGCUAUAAGCUAAAGAAACUUUCUUUUUCCAAGUUGCAUGUCCACUUAUACACAAAUAUGCACACUGAUGAUGAAUGUUUCUUUCCUUCCACUUCCUUAAAAAGGUACCAGAGGCAAAUAUUAAGUCGACGUUGAUCGUUGAAAUAGCAAUCCAGAAACCUCACAGUGCUACUUUCGUGUCAAGGAAAUGCUUAUUCCAAGAUGAAAUUGAGUUCAGUGGUCCGCAAGAUGUUUGCGCCGUUCAAGUCACUUACCUGAACACGCCUUCUGAUGUAGCAGUUGCCCUGCCCAACCUUGCUCGCCUUUACUGUGCGGCCGCCGACACUAGCAGCUGCAGAGCAAAUUUAGCGGGAGCCACAGCAGCAAUAACGGCCAUUGAAGCUUGUCACUCUAGAUGUCAUCAGUGAACCUACCAAGACAUUGGCUCCGCGACGCUGAUGAAGAGGCAUGGUGCACAGCCAUUUUGAGUGUAAGGGUUCGUUUUGUGGCACCCACUGGAAAGUUACAUCAGUCUUCUUGCUGCAGCUCAAGUGGCGUACACCAUUUGGCAAUCCGCCAACUGCACCUCCUUGCGGCAUUUUGUCAAAGUUUCCGUCACAGCUACUUUUGUGAGCGUGCAAAGCACAAGACGCAGUACGCGAUACUGAAGCUACCACUGAGAUGUCACUGUGUGAGUGAAGCGUAGUUCGACAAAACUUUUGAAUCACUCGCGCCAUUCCCAAUGAUGACGCAGAGCAGUUUUUUUUUUUUUCAAUGACCCAAACAGUAAUGGACAAGUAACAUUUCAUUAUUAUAUGUUGUGACAUGUAAGGUUGUUUUAUUUUCCCUAACUCAUUUGAUUACUAGUAAUUAGUUUUACUCGGGACUCUUUACGCCAUGAAAGAGAAAACUUGUGAAUGAAUGAGAAAUUGAGGUAAAAAAAAGAAACAUAAAUAAUAUUCGCCAUGAAGUCUUGUAAGUAUAACAUGCUACCUCUCAAACUUGUACUGUCAAACCCAGAUGCCGUGUAUCUGAAGGUGAUAAGUUUAAUAUAUGUACUUCUAUUUCUAUGCAAGGAAUUCGCCAGAGUAUGAUACAGUUGGUUUCAACUGUAUAUCACUAAACUUUUGCAAAUUCUUUCGAACAGAUUGUUGCAACUGCUCCAUACUGGUUGUAAUUCAACAUGUCCUGUUAACCAAAAUUGUAAUAGCAUGGUUCAUUUUGCAUGUGUCGUAACACUUGCUGGCUUUUGCAGCUAAGCAUCAGAGUAGCUUCAGUGUUAUCUUCUGCAAUGAUGUUUUUGGCACUGCGAGUGUAUUGAACAUUUAGCGUGAUUACAAACCUGUCGUGCCACCACCCAUAUUUCUCCUGUACUUUCCUGAACAGGUCCCACAACAGAUUGCACUCAGAAAAUGUUGCUGACCUGUAGUCGAGGCUGCUACGAGCCAAGUAUUAUUACGUGCAGUAGGCAACUUACAAUUUCGUCUUAGUAGAAGCCAUAAAAAUCACUUGCCGUCAUUUUCACUGCGCCGUCCUUGUUACAUAGCAAGUGGGCACGACAAAUGGUGACCAAUUUCAUGGGUGGCACUGCAGCGAAUGGUCUUUUGGGCCACAUGCUGCCUGGUGCGACUAUGCGUCAGCAUGAUGCACAUUUGCACCAGUAGUAACAGUCAGUAAUAUUGCAGAAAAAAAUAUAAUAUCGUGGCAAUAUAAUAAUAUAUAUAAUAUCGUGGCAAUAUAACCUUAGCGUAGUACAUUGCUCCCUUGCCAUGCUCCCCUGUGCAGUUUCUGGCAUGCUUAUGGUGAAGGAAGUCGGGAGAAAGCAUGUAUUUUGUGCACUAAUUGACACUUGAUAAAUUGUGACACACUCAAGCAGGAGAUUUAAGAUCGAGGCAGCCAACUGAGUCUGAUAGUAUGGUUAAAGUAAGAUAACUAAGAAAUUUGUUGCAAAGCCCCUUUGAUGUGAACAGCUCUAAUGAUUGACUUGCUUAUUUUUGGUAUCCUUUGUCAUACAUAUUAGAGUACGUUGGUUUAUAGCUGUUAGUGAACAGGAAUGAUAGAACGUUACAUUGUCUUGGUUCCCUGGUGAAACGUGCAUGUUGCUGUGUAAACAGGGACGCAAACUUAGUCGGCAUACGUGUAGUGUUGGUGUGGGCUAGCACCUCACAACCACGGGACUUUAUUUCAUGCCCACCAGUGCCCCCGAGUCACCAGCCACGCAAGGACUUGGCACCAUCAGUGGAACUAAUGUUAUUGUUGUGUCUUGAAAUUUUGGCAUCUAGAGUGCUCCCACCAUGCUGUUCUCGUCGUGGUCGGUUUGCGUUUGUCGUGUGCCACAGCACCAAUUAUGCAGCGUGUUUUCUUGUAUGUGAUACAGAGCAUCGCAAACGCAUGCUUUCUGCUGCCACAAAACGUCUGCUUGCGGCCAAGUUGGCCGUAUGAAGCUGUGAUGAUAUUUGACAAGGCUUAAUCUUCACCCAUAGGCAAAUGCAGAUGCUCAGACCCCACUAUGUUUAGAAAAAAUGUUCAGUGUGUCCGAUUGGCUUUCAUCCCACAACCCGAGUUGUCACUUCACUGUACAAUCGUAUUGACUGGGUUGUAAUGCAGCCACGAUGAUAAUGUGAGGGGUGACUAGUCAUUGCGUCGAGGAAAGAAAAUACAACAAAAAUAAAAGAAUUGCGUGCGUGAUUGUACUUUUUAGACAGCUUGAACUUGGGUAUUCAAUUGUAACACUAACACGAGAGUCGACUUUAGGUAGCAAAAUUCUGGAAAAAAAGAAGUGUUACAAUCGAGUAAAUAUGAAAAUUUCAUUUGGUUUGAAACUUCAUUUUGUGAUUUUUUUCUUUAGUGAACUGGGGAUGUCUUUGGCCUGAAGAUUUAGUUGGGCCUUGGUAAUUGCUGCAGUUGUAAGAUUUGGCAUUGCUCAUUCUUUUUAUUUAAUCUCAGGUUGAUUGGACUCGUAGUAUUUGGCUGGGCAACAUAUAUUGUUAAAGGGUUCGAUGAGCCUCUUGCAUUGCAGCAAUGGUCACGUAUGAAUGGCAUGUUGUUUGAAAGAGAAGUGCAAUACAUGAGAGAGCUCAUUAGCAAGCUGCAUAUUGAUGACAUGAUUAAGAUGCAGCCUAGCAUCUUUUGCUUAUUCUUGUUAUAGUGUAUAUUUAUUAUGUAUUGUGAUCUGAAAUGAGGGGCUAGAAGCUUCCUGGAGUUAGAGUAAGUGUUGUGCAUGCAGAUUUAUGAUGGCAUUCUUGUGAUAGUUAAAAAGGGCAGUAUGGAAAGCAUUAAACUAACCUCAACUUAUUGUGAGUGUAUGUUUAGAAUUGUAGACAGCAUGCAGAAUGUUACGAAAUGAUUAGAAGCGACACCACUUUAAAAGCUCCCAUGCAAGCUCACUGUAACGAAGUGAGUUCUGUCUGAUGCUGAGAACUUCUCAAUUGUGGCAUGAGAUGUAUGCUUCUUGCAAGAAUGUACAAAAUCUCCACCUUUCUUGCACAUGAACGGGACAAGCAGAAUUACUUUAAAUUUUCUUAAUGGUAUAGAUUAUUCUCAUUGUUUUCUCCACCACAUAGUCGCCAAAUGAGAUUUUCGUUUAAAAAAAUUGCAGUCUGCUUUUAAAGUGCAACGUUUUCAGUAGUGUCCCUGUCAAGUUGAUUGGUAAAUUUGACUGGUUGUAAUCUUUUGUCAUAUACAACCUAAGGAAGUGAAUGAAGCCCCGCCCAUACCACUGAAGGGUGACCACCAAUUGCCUCAACAACUAGAGAAAUGGUUCUGCUCUUGUGCCGGAUGGCUGAACCUACGGCCAUCUGGUUCUAUCUUACCUAACUAUACUGUUUUUAACACAUUUGCUAGCUUUGCUUAGAAAGCUGCUACAGAGCUCAGUCUUUUCGAAAAUGCUUUCAUCAUCAAACCAGGAGCACGUCUAAGAUCCGCAGAAUCACGAUUGCGUGACUCCUCCGAUUGCUCUGAUAGCAGUUCACCAAUUGGUUUGAUAAACUGUCUUGCCCUGUUCUCAACGAAACCCCGAAUUUCUACAAAUCGACUCAAAGCAGAGUUUACUUCAGUGGAACGUAUACUGUAACUUUCAGCAGCUCCUCCACUAGGCAUGCCAAGAUGUCCAUCAACCUUGGUGACUGCUUAACUUGACAGUGGAGCAAAAGCUACAGAGGCAGGGCUUCCGCACAUUCGUGUUGCUGUACAAGUACGGCGGCUUUCGGCCGACUUUGGUUUUGCUUGCUCGCAUUCUUAGCACAUUUUGAAAAUUGUAUACACCAAAAUGUGAAUUGGGGAAACAUUUCUUUGGUUCAGUGUACAUUUUAGUGUCAUACUAUAUAUCUAUUUAUUUUUUGAUGUACUAAACACUUGACCAUUUCAUGGUCGCCAUAUGUUUACCUUGCAAAAUGCAUGUGCUGAACGAGUGAUGCUCUUUUGAGAAAAAUAGAGAAGAAAGGAAGGGAAUUCUUGUAGUGUGAACACGAACUGCAUUAUACGUAUCACUUCCCACAACAGUUUAAGUCUCAUUAUUAAUAAAGCUCCUUUUAAUUAAACAAGGCCAAUUAGAAAAUUAUCAGUAAACAUCGGCACUAUUUUCCUGCAUUGUAGCAGGCAUGCACUUUGGUUCUGUAGCUUCCACAGUGCCGCCAAGAAAAGUCAUGGAGCAUAGAGUAAGCUUAGCCUGCUUGCGGGCUGUGUUCCGAAACCUUUGGCACGUUCUGUUUAUUGAAUGCUUGGAAGAGUGUCUUGCUGUGAUGCAUUUGGAUAAUGCCACAUAAUGUUUCCUGGCACACCGAACAGUUAGUGAAGAAAAAAGGCAGACUGCCCUCAUAUAAAAACAAACGAUAUGCUUCGACGUGGCGUAAUACAACCUUCAAACAGCCCUUGGGCCUCUACGGUUGGACUGGUGAAAAAGAAGGAUGGCAGCAUCGUAUUUUGCAUUGAUUAUAGGCAUCUUACUAAGAUCGGGCGCAAGGACGUUUAUCUGCUGCCCAGUAUUGUGACGCUCUCGAUUGCCUGAAAGGAGCAGAGUUCUUUUGUUUUUAAGACCUUCGAUCUGGACCCUAUGAAUGAAGCCGACCUCUCUAAGACUGCGUUUGUAACACCUGAUGAAUUGUACGAGUUCAAUGUGAUGCGGUGUGACCUCUGCUAUGCGCCUGCCACCUUCGAACGCUGGCUUCGUCGUUGCUCCAACAGUGCCCGUAUUUGUCACUACAACACUUUUUAUUUUUGUUGAAAAUGUAUAUAUUUUUUCUUUAUACAUAUUUACUGAUCUAGCUGUUUUUACGAUUGAUUGUUGGUGAUGCAGUUGGUACAAAACAUGGUUACUGUUUGUUUUAUUUUGGCUUCAUAAAGCGCAUUACACAACCUCGAG